AAUACAAAUCGAAACACAUAUGUAUAUUAACACACAUCAAAGUGACCAAGUGUAAAAAGUUGCAUUAUCGAAAUAUCCAACAAUUUAAUUCACCUAAAGCGGUUAACUUUCAUAGACAGCAUACAAUUUGUUAUCUCGCUUCAGCUAACCGAACGCCAGGAGCAAACACCAGCAACCCAAAUGCAAGAUGAAUUCGGACCAAAUAAUGCAGAUGCCAUCUGGGCCGCCGCCUGCCUCGCAGAGAGCUACAUGCGGCGAGUUCAGCGGGGACAGGGAGAGCUACGGGGCGACCGGGAAUCUGGGGUAUGGCGGCAUACCGACUACGUCCACCAGCAGUUACGGUUCUUUUGGCGUACUAUCCAGCAUAUCCACAGGGGUGACAGGAACGCCCGCGCUGCCGCUUUUGCUGCCCGUGCCGCCUUUAACCAGCACGUUCAAAACGUCGACGAUUACGAUGCCGACAUCGACUUCGCCAUCGCCAUUGAUCCCGAUGUCGACGCCGACGCCUUCCCCCCUCCUCGCCAUACCGAUGACAACGCCGACUCCGAUUCCGACACCGAAUCCAAUAGCGACAGCAGCGCCGCCGGCGACAUCGCUCUUGCCCAUGUCAAUGGCGACAACAACGCCGAUGCCAACGCAGCUGCUGCCGAUGCCGACGCUGGAGGACAUUGAAGUGGCAACACAGCGGCAGCCACCAUCAGUGGCGCCGCCGCAGCAGCAGCAGCAGCCAGCCGGCAUACUUAAAUACCCAACAGCAUCGACCAUUGGCUAUAUCAGCGAACUGCUGCCACCGCCAGCCCCGCUACUGGGCACCAGUGCCAGCAGUUCCAUAAACAGCAAUUGUGGCACGCUGAAGAGCAACGCAAAACUGCUGCCAUUACAGCUGGUGGGCACCACGACAUCCUCACGACACGGCAAGGAUCCACCUGGAUCCGUUGGAUCGGGAGCGCAGUCACAGCAGCGACAGCGCCGCCAGGGCUGGUGUGCAUGCUUUGGCUCCGGCCCAAAUGCUUCGGAGGCCAAAACGCCACCAGGCUUUGCGAACAAGUCAAAGAAGCGCAAACAAACGGCCCAAACCGUCUGGUCUGCCCUUCUCACAAACCUUGGCAUCUGCAUGCUGCUCCUGGCCUACACUUUGCUCGGCUCUUUCAUAUUCCUAACCAUCGAGAAUGAGGACUCGGCGCUGUUGCAUCAACAGCACACACUGGCAUCCACCAAGCGAAACAUGGCCAUGUCCGGCAGCAUGCACAGCAAUGGGAAUAGCAAUGGCAUCUAUCAACAGCAUAGGUCGCCACAGACGCAGUCACAACAACACCAACAACAACAACAACAGCAGCAUCAGCAGCAGCAGCAGCAAGGACCUCACACCGACAAUGACACGAUGGCCGCUGCAGUUGCCCAGGGGCAGGAUUUGGGGCGUGAGAGAGGCGUCUAUGGACAAGCAUCGAAUGACUUUGUUUAUGGAUUGGAUGAGUCCGAAAUAGAGGCGGGGCAGACACAGUUUGCUUUAUCUCCGGAUACUUAUGAUGUACGACAGCGCACCAUUGAGAAUAUCUGGGACAUAACCGUAUCCCUCAACAUACUCUACAAGGAGAACUGGACAAAAUUAGCCGCACUUGAAAUUGCCAAGUUUCAAGACCAAUUAAUCAAGAGACUGAACGAGGAUGUUAUGCUGCAAUUAUCACACGACGAUGCAACUGGAGGACACUCGCUGGCUGGUGGUCCAGCUAAUGGUGGGGCAGUUGGCGGUGGCGGUGCGGCUGCAGCGGCAGCAUCCAACAAUCCGGCAACGGAAGCUGUGCUUCUGCACACACACUUUCAUCAUCAUCGUCUUGGGGGCGGUGGCGGCGGCGGCGUGGGAGGACCGCCGCAUGAGUGGAAUUUCGCCAAAGCGUUUCUAUAUUCGCUGACCGUUUUGACCACAAUUGGCUAUGGCAAUAUUGCACCACGUACAGCGCUUGGCCGAAUCGUGACGGUGGCAUAUGCAUUCUUUGGUAUACCGCUGACGCUGGUUUAUCUAAGCAGCACCGGCAGCAUACUGGCCAAGGUGGCACGCGAGGUAUUCUCGAAGGCGCUGUGCUGUUGCCUGUGCUCGAACUGCGGCUAUUGUUGCUACGACGAGAAGCGCAUGGCGGAGAAGGAGCGUCGCAUGAAACGGAAGCGGCAGCAGGAGGAGCUGCGCAAACAGCAGGCGGUCAUGCAGGAGCCCUACUAUGUCCGAGAUGUCUAUCAUGCCACGCCCGAGAAGCAAGCAGCUGCUGCUGCUGCUGCUGGUGGUGGUGGUGGUGGUGGUGCAGCUGGUGGAACUGAUGGCGGUGGUGGUGGCAGUAACUGUACACCAACUGGCAUACCGGGACCAGCGUCCAGCAAUGCUGCUGCCAGUGGCGGUGCCAUGGACAUUGAUUCGCUGAGUGCCAGCGAGUCGCGCGGCUCAAUGCACGGACUGAGCAUAUUGGCACCGAUACUGCUCUGCUUCUCAAUGAUGAUCAUCUAUAUUGUAUUUGGGGCGGCGGUGCUGUAUCGUUUGGAGAACUGGCCAAUUAUUGAUGGCAUCUAUUUCUGUUUCAUGAGCCUGUCGACCAUCGGUUUUGGUGAUAUGCUGCCAGGGCUGCGACGCGAUUCGAAUGCAACGACCUGGUUCUGCUCCGUCUACAUAAUGUCGGGCAUGACCCUAACGGCCAUGUGCUUCAAUGUCAUCCACGAGGAGAUCGUCCAUCGCAUCCGCAUCGUUGUCGAGUUCAAAAAGACAAAUGCCGCAACAGCUGCCAGCGCCAGCAGCGGCUCAAUGAUGGAUGUAACGCACGAGGAUGAGACGCCCACAUCGCUGGUGCUGAAGGACUAUGUCAACCAUGAACUGGUACCAAUACUGACCAUGGAUCCGAAUGGUUCCCGUUUGGGUCUGGCACAGCCAACGCCCGCUUAUUCGCCCGCCGCAGCCACCGCCCAAACGACUGGCAAAGUCAAUCCCGUGGAGACAUCAGCGAUCCACGGCAGCGAGAGCAGCCUGAUGGGGUACACAACAACGCUGAGCAGCCCGCUGCUCGAGAGCCAGUCUCAGUCGCAGGCCACCGGACAGGUGUACACACUGGCCGAGGAGACGGAAAUCGAGCUGCAGGCUGUGCACACCGAGAUCGCAACGGUGGAGCGCAUCUAGGGUCUUAGUGCUUGGACAGUCGGACAGUCGGACAAGCGGACAGUAUUAAGUAGUAGCAUUUAGAAUUAGUCAUUAGCUCGUAGAGUGCUCAGUUUAAAGUGUACAAUUUUUUUUUGUGGGCAACGCCCGGUUAAAAAACAAAAUCCAAAGAAAACCUAGCCCUAACUUUGACUAUCAUUGUAUAUAAAAUAAAAAAUAAAAUAAAUAAUAAAAAAAACCAAGA